AUGCUCGAACGAGCCGACCGUGUGAACAUUGAUCCUUUGCGUGAUUCAGACAUCGAGGACUUCCUCGAUCCCAGCAGGCUACCUGUUUGUGACGAUCCGCGAUGCGAGUUCAUGGCGCGGCGGAGGGAGAACUUGGGAAGCGAGACUUCGGGGAAGGGGUCGGCGUGGAACAUCAUGAUUAUCGAGGUGGAAACCGGAAAUGUGAUCCGUGGCCGGACCGUAUGGCCGGGAAGCAGCUCGGGAACGGGUCCCGAGCAAGUUGAAGAGUUUUGGCGGGUGGAGCCCCCCUGGCCUCGGGUCGCCCCCCGAAUGGCUCGGUCACUCCAUUCACUGCGUGGUUUUGUCGUGGGCAAGGCGUGCCUGGUCGAUCAUCAGGCGAUGACUGCUUUUGUGGCGUGA